CUCCGGGAACAAAACAUCGGCUGGUUCCACGAGGCUGCAGACCUUCCAAGACGACACACGGUUCGGGACAAUGGAAGGACGCCUACAGUCCACCUCGUCGCUUUCUCCCACGGAAGCUGAAACCCCCACUGAAAGUGCGACAGAUAAAAAUCAAGGAAAAACGCAGUUGUGGUGGCUCCAGGCCCGGAAGAAGACCAGGCCGGGUGAGGGCAAGGGCAUCCGCGCCGGUCCAUGUUAUUUGAGCGGGGCCCCGAGGCCUUGGCGACCGCAGAGCCCAUCAUCAUGCAGAAAACGGCCUACUACGACAACACGGCGCUCUUCGGCGGGGGCGGCUAUGGAGGCUACGGCAAAGCGGACGCCUACGGCUACCCCACCGGCCCACAGCCUUACUCCCAGCUGGAGAGCGACUACGCGGGCUCGGCUUGCUCCCUCCAAGGCGUGGCCACGGCCUCCGCCCCACUCCGGGGACCCCCGGCGGCCCACAAGAGCGCCGACUUGGGCGGGAGCUGCAUGCGGACGGGAGGAGCCGGACAAGGCGCCCAGCCUGGGUUGGGGGAGCCCCAGCAGCAGCAGCAGCAACAACAAGCCCCGCCCCCUCCUCAGCAGCAACAGCAAGCCCCGCCCCCCGCGCUGCCCUCUUCGCCCUCCCCGCCCGCCACGAACCCCGCCCACGCGAUUCCCGCCAAAAAGGGUAAAGGCGGGCCCAACGCCUCGGGCGGCUCGGCAGCCACCAUCAGCAAGCAGAUAUUCCCCUGGAUGAAGGAGUCCCGGCAGAACUCCAAGCAGAAAAACAAUUGCGCCCCCGCAGGGGAGCCAUGCGAGGACAAGAGCCCCCCGGGCCCGGCCUCCAAGCGGGUCCGCACGGCCUACACGAGCGCGCAGCUGGUGGAGCUGGAGAAGGAGUUCCACUUCAACCGCUACCUCUGCCGCCCGCGCCGCGUGGAGAUGGCCAACCUGCUCAACCUGACCGAGCGGCAGAUCAAGAUCUGGUUCCAGAACCGGCGCAUGAAGUACAAGAAGGACCAGAAGGCCAAGGGCAUCCUGCACUCCCCGGCGGGGGGCCAGUCCCCGGAGCGGAGCCCUCCGCUGGUGGGGGCGGGGGCGCACCUGGGCUACGUGGGGGGCGGGCCCGGCGGCCUGGGCUACGCCGACGCCCCCUCGCCGCCCGCCUUCGCCAAGUCCCAGCAGAACCUCUACGGGCUGGCGGCCUACACGGCCCCGCUGGGCCCCUGCCUGCCGCAGAAGCGCUACCCGGGCGCCGAGUACGAGGCGCAGGCCUUGCAGGGGGGCGGCGGGGGCGGCGGCGGGGGAGGAGGGGGCUUCGGCAACCCGGCCUUGCAGGGCAGCCCCGUGUACGUGGGCGGCGGCGGCUUCGUGGACUCCAUGCCGGCCUCGGGCCCCAUGUUCAGCCUGGGCCACCUCUCGCACCCUUCCUCGGCCAGCGUGGACUACAGCUGCGCGGCCCAGAUCCCGGGCAACCACCACCACCACGGACCUUGCGACCCCCACCCCACCUACACAGACCUGUCUUCUCACCAUUCAUCUCAGGGAAGGAUGCCGGAAGCCCCCAAACUCACGCACCUGUAACAGACAGACAGACUGGAAUCGGAUUCCCAGAGCGAUUGAGAGAGAGAGAGAGAAAGAGAGAGAGAUGGAUGAAGUGUGCCGGCGUUUAAAUUACCUCACUUUCCCCCCUUAACAAUAAUAUACUUUCCUUUGUGUACUCUUUGAGUCUUAGCGGAUUAAUUUUCUCCCCUCCCAACAACACCUUCCUUUGGCCAUUAGUCCAUACACAUUUUCCUAGGUCCCCCCUCCCCUUUCCCCAGUUUGAAAGCAUCACCGUGCAAUAUCCUUUCCAAAAGAGCAUGCCCGCAAGGGAGUCAUAAUACUUGGUAAUGAUUUACAGAAAGAAGGUAAGUUGGAGAAACCCAUUAGUAAGUCCUGAGGAGGAGUUUUUACAACAACGACGGGGGACUUCAUUCUGCAAGUGUUAAUUUAUAAGAACCUUCAGCAAUGCAAAAGAUUGCUUUGGACUUGAAAUGAGAUGUAUUUAUUAUUAUCAUGGUUAUUUUAAAAAGGAACUCUCUCUUUUUGGUUGGUAUCACUGAUUAUUUAAUCCUGAUCUUUAAUGUAUUUAUGUGGAUAUUGGUAGAACUUCUUCACGCUCCCCCCUCUCCCCUAAUUUUUGGAAGAUUGAUUCAGGUCUUUGGGGAUUAUACAUUUUUUCACCUAUUUAGUAUAUUUGGUCGGAAAAAUAGAAAGAGUAGUUUUGAGCAGUUGUAACAGUGGCUGGUGUUUGUAGUUUAUGUAAGGAUUAAGCAAAUUGUAAGUCAAGUCAUAGAUUAAUACAGGACUGAAGCGUUAUCACAAAAAGAGCCCUUACUUUUUAUAUUAAAAACUCUUUAAAAUGGAGAAAUGUUAAUUUAUUUUAGGCGUUUGGGUGUCAUUUUACUUAGAAGUUAAAAUGACCCUCCUUAGGCUGGGAGUAUAUAUGUCAUUUUCAAUUUUCCUGAGUUGCCACUAUUAGGUGAUAUGAAUUUUGCCUAAACUCCAUGCAGUAUACUUCUCAUGUUGUUAACAUACAUUGCAGACCCAUGUGGGAUUUACUCUCAGGAAGAUGUAUCCAGGAUCGCAAGCUUACUAUCCCGUUGUGCAAGUCACUUUGUCUGCUUGUUGACAUUCUUUUUCUUGUGGAAACAUGGAAUUUUUUAUUUUUUAUUUUCGUGUCAGGAGCGACUUGAGAAACUGCAAGUCGCUUCUGGUGUGAGAGAACUGGCUUCUGGUGUGAGAGAACUGGCCGUCUGCAAGGACGUUGCCCAGAGAAUUGGCUGUCUGCAAGGAGGUUGCCCAGGGGACGUCCAGAUGUUCUGAUGUUUUACCGUCCUUGUGGGAGUCUUCUCUCAUGUCCCCAAAUGGGGAGCUGGAGCUGACAGAGGGAGCUCAUCCAUGCUCUCCCGGAUUUGAACCUCGGAUCUCUUUAGUCCUGCCAGCACAAGGAUUUAACUCAUUGCGCCACUGGAUAAAAAUAAGCAAAAAUUACAAUUUGUCAAAAAUGUAAUGUUGCUGAUGUAAUUAGAAUUUCCACAUCAAGCCAGGCUUACAAAAAUGUCAAUUUCUGUUGGCUGUAAUUGUUAUUCUUGUUGUUAUUAUUCUUGUUUAUUAUUAUUAUUAUUAUUAUUAUUAUUAUUAUUAUUAUUUAUAUAAUAUUUAUGCGUACCAUAAAUCAGUUUUCUAUAUGUCAGUGGAAACCCACACUUACUUUUGCUGAAAUGAGGAGGGCAAAACAAAAGAAGAAGAAGAA